UGUACAGAACCAAUCAGGUUGGUCGGAAGGCGUGCUCCGUUGACUUCACUGAUUUUUUUGCACUACAACGGCCGCUCCUGUUCUGUCAGUCUGUUCUAGUUGAGGACGGUUCUGCCCUUCCGCUCUCCUUCACCUUGCGCAGUUAGAUAAGGUCCAGCACCAUGUCCAUCCUGAAGAUUCAUGCCCGUGAGAUCUUUGACUCCCGUGGGAAUCCCACAGUGGAGGUAGACCUCUACACCAAGAAAGGUCUGUUCAGAGCGGCUGUGCCCAGCGGUGCCUCCACUGGCAUCUACGAGGCCCUGGAGCUCCGGGACAAUGACAAGACCCGCUACCUGGGCAAAGGUGUCUCAAAAGCUGUUGAGAAUAUCAAUAAAAUAAUUGCACCUGCACUGGUUAGCAAGGAAGUGUCUGUCCUGGAGCAGGAGAAGAUUGAUAAACUGAUGCUGGAUAUGGAUGGCACAGAAAACAAGGCCAAGUUUGGUGCGAACGCCAUCCUGGGUGUGUCCCUGGCUGUGUGCAAGGCAGGAGCCGCGGAGAAGGGCGUCCCCCUGUACCGCCACAUCGCUGACCUGGCUGGAAACCCCGAAGUCAUCCUCCCAGUCCCUGCAUUCAACGUCAUCAACGGUGGAUCCCACGCCGGCAACAAGCUGGCCAUGCAGGAGUUCAUGAUCCUCCCCGUGGGAGCCAGCAGCUUCAAGGAGGCCAUGCGCAUCGGCGCCGAGGUCUACCACAACCUGAAGAACGUCAUCAAGGAGAAGUACGGCAAGGACGCCACCAACGUGGGUGAUGAGGGAGGCUUCGCCCCCAACAUCCUGGAGAACAAGGAAGCUCUGGAGUUGCUGAAGAACGCCAUCGCCAAGGCCGGCUACACGGAGCAGAUCAUCAUCGGCAUGGACGUGGCCGCCUCCGAGUUCUACAAGGACGGGAAGUACGACCUGGACUUCAAGUCCCCCGACGACCCCAGCCGCUACAUCACCCCCAACCAGCUGGGCGACAUCUACAAGGGCUUCGUCAAGGACUACCCAGUGGCGUCCAUCGAGGAUCCGUUUGACCAGGAUGACUGGGAGGCCUGGACCAACUUAACCGGCAGCACAGACAUCCAGAUUGUGGGUGACGAUCUGACAGUGACCAACCCCAAGCGCAUUGAGAAGGCCGUGAACGUGAAGGCCUGCAACUGCCUGCUCCUGAAGGUCAACCAGAUCGGCUCAGUCACCGAGUCUCUGAACGCCUGCAAGUUGGCGCAGUCCAGUGGCUGGGGGGUGAUGGUGAGCCACCGUUCCGGGGAGACAGAGGACACCUUCAUCGCUGACCUGGUGGUGGGACUCUGCACUGGCCAGAUUAAGACUGGGGCACCCUGCCGUUCAGAGCGCCUGGCCAAGUACAAUCAGAUUCUCAGGAUUGAAGAGGAGCUGGGAGCCAAGGCUCGCUUUGCAGGCAAAGACUUCAGGAACCCCAUGAAGAAAUGAGAUUCACAUCCCAGGGUUAGCUUCAUCAUGCAUACACUCCCGCACCCCCAACCCAAGAUAGGUCACUUGUAUUUCAGGCGGAAGGGCAGGUGGAAUCGGGCGCAUUGAAAUCCAAGGUCCAAGUCUGUAGGCUGUUGCAAUGAAACUUCCCCAAUGUCGGUACUUCUGCCCCCUAGGUGUCGGCUUCUGAAUAGCACUGGUCCAGUAAGUUGUAUUUUUUUUGUUUUCUUUUGUUUUGUGACACUGGCUUUGUUUUUCUUUGUUUUGCUAGUGAGUUUUUUGUGAUUUCUGUUGUCUUAAUUCUAUCUUUAGUAAAGAGAAAACAAAACCAUGUGCAAUGCGUCACAUUGAGGAGAUGUAGUGUUGCUGUAUGCGUGGCAGAAGACUAAAUAAACCUUCCUCUGAAACAGACACGAA